GGGGCGGCAGCUUGGUAGCGUCUCGCUGUGGUCGGAGGUCCGGGUCAAGUUGGCGCAGGAGAAGAAGGCGUUGGCGUCUCCAGGCAAGGACCCUCAGCCUGAGGGGACCAACAAGGGCGGCGGGGUCAUCAACCUCUCUGCCUUGUUGGGCGAAGGAGAGGCCAGUUUUGUCAUCGAGGACGGCCCCCUCUUCGACCUGGAGGGGCUGGAUAUCACAUCCGAGCAGCGGCAGCAGUUCAACAAGCUCAAGCAGACCUUCGAGGCGUCGGUGCAGCAGGCGGUCCGCACGCACUUCGGGCCAGGGGCUGACGUCCUCAAGUCCCAGCGCGAGCAGCUCGAAGAGAUCAGGAUGCUCCGCGAGACCUUCAAGAAGCGCAGGCGGGAGCACCCCCCUGCGACCGCGGCGGCAACAGAGGCGUCAUCGCCCCAGACCCCCGAGGGGAGCCCGCCGCAGGCGCCUGCCCAGGCCAAGCGCGAGGACCCUCCUGCGGAGGCGGCGGCUGCGGAGGCGCCAGCGGCCCAGAGCCCCGAGAGAGGCCCGCCGCAGGCGCCAGCCCAGGCCUCCCAGGAGGCCCAGCAGGCUGCCCAGCCCGCCGCGGAGCCGCAGGGUGCCCAGGGCGCUUCGCCUGGCGCUGCCAGCUCUGACGCUGGCCCUGACGCUGGUCGUGAAGCCGCUGGCAAGGAGCUGGCGGAGGCCUUGCAGCGCGCCAGGGCUCGCAGGGCGGAGGCAGCCGCCAAGCCA